CUCGGUCCUUUAUUCCCAGGUCCUUAUGAGUCUGGUGUGGCUUCAUACAAACAUCUCUAUUUCAAUGCGACUUCAGCAGCUGCCAAAAUCUGGUUCCUGGUUGCUGGUGGUGCAAUAGCUUUGUAUGAAUGUUCUGCACGUUUGCUUCGGCUGCACUCGGAAAAGGAUCGAUUGAGAAACCCAAUGGUCGUCUUGUUUUGUGCCAGUGUUUUUUCUCACUAUUAUGCCUGGUGGGUUUGCUUGAACUACUACAAUGACGACUUUUAUGUGCAGUGGAACCACCAGAUGUUCUUCACGGUGACAGAAUUGUUGUCCACCGCCGUGGUGAUGAAUUUGGCGGACAAACAAAAUCCAGUGACGUCCCGAAAAGUGUUUAUCAUCGUAGGGGUAGCCCUGCUCCACAUUUUAGCCGGUGGUGCAGACCAGUUCUUCAACAACGUUGUCCGGGGCGAAGGAUACUCCCACCAGGUGAUUCGAGAUUUGGGUUUCAUGAUCCCUGAUAUCCUGCACGUCAUCAUACCCCUGAUGGCCUACGAUAAAGCCAGGAAAGAUAUGAUGAUCACCAGAACUCAUUGGAUACGAGACAAUGCUGUCAGAAAAGAUUUGACUUUGAUGGUUAUUGGGGUUGCUACUGGAUUUUUGAUUUGUGCUCUUCUGUGA